GUUCCGUUUCCGGUGUAAACAAACAAUCCAAUAUGGCGACUCUCAAGGAAGACACGGCAAACUUCUGCUAGAAGAUAUAAACAUUUAUUGCCGCUGAAUACAUUAUUCAACAUAAUGACUGAACCGAGAAGUGAGGGCGGUUUAGUUCGCUAUUACUGCACCGCCGGUAACGGGAUGGAGCCUUUCUUAAUUGACGAAGUCAAAAAGAAGCUGGCAGCUGAAGAUGUGUGUCAGAUACCAGGUAAAGUGUUGUUCAGCUCCUCUGCAGGGAUCAACAGAGUCAGUAAGCUGAAGGCUGCGGAGAGACUCUUCCUGCUGCUGAAACAAGACUCGCCCGUAUGCCUGCCUGUGCACACCAGCCGAGCAAAGGCAGCCUCUGUGCUGCAGUCCAGACUGUUGGGUGACAGCUAUCAAUGGACCAGUGCUGUACUGACAUGGAGUCGCCUGCAGGGGGAGCUGGCAGACAGAAGGACUACUGUCAACACACCAGGCACUGGUCCACAAGUGACGACAAGGAGAGAGGAGGGGGAGAAGUGCCAUGUGGAGUCUAGUGAAAGUACAGGAGGACAGAGGCAGGAGAAAAGCAACGAGAGGCAGAGAAGCGGUGAACAAAAUGGAGCACCGACACUGGAAAAGAAGAGAAAGAGGGAUGAAGAGGAAGAGGUGAAGGAAAGGAGGGAUGCAGCUCGAGACUCUAGCAGUGAGAAGAAUGUAAAGAAAGAGAAGACAUCUGUGAGAGAAAAGUGCAGAGGCAGAGAAGAGGAGAGGGGACUGGUCAUGGAGUUCUGCAGCUCUAGAACAAAUGGUGAACAUGAAGUGACAUCAGGAACAGAUUUCAGUGGCAACAACUCUGCAACACCAGGAGCAGCUGUCAAUGCAGAAAGUAGCCUCAGGAGGCCAGAUGACAUAGCAAAGGACGUUGUUGUAGAAAAUGUUGAAAAAGUGGAGAUUACUGGAGGAAGUGAUAAGACUUCACUGCUGCCCAGCAGGGUCAAACCAGAACCUUCUUCUGUCCUGGUGUCUUUUAGGAUCAGUUGCAAGUGUACUGGAUCUCUGUCCCAAUACUUCAGCACUCAGGAGGUGAACAAAAUAAUAGGUGUAGGCCUGAGCAGACUGUUGGGCUGGAAGGCUGACCUGAAGAAUCCUCAGCUGGAGAUAAACAUUUAUUUGAGUGAUGACCACUGCCUGCUGGGGAUCCCAUUAACCAGGUUACCUCUGGCUAACCGGUGCUACAUUAAAACCACAGGACUGAGGUCUACUGUAGCCUGGGCUAUGGCCUCAUUGGCUCAGAUACAGCCAGGCUUCUGUGUGGUCGACCCGAUGUGCGGGGUGGGAACCAUCUUAAUCGAAGCCGCACAGGAGCACGAGGCUGCUUGUUUCCUGGGUGUGGACAUUGAUGAUGGACAGCUACACAAAGCCAGUGAGAACAUAGAGUUUUCAGAGCUCAGAAACAGAAUACACCUGCUGAAAGCAUCGUCUAUGGCACUGCCUCUGCCCAGCGCCAGUGUGGACAUUGUUGUCUGUGACCUGCCAUUUGGCAGGAAGUUUGGCACCAAAACAAACAUGGCUUCCAACCUGCCACUCAUCCUCAGUGAGAUGGAGAGGAUCCUCUGUAUUGGUGGUACGCUGGUUCUGCUUCUCAGUCCUCAGUUAUCCUGUCUGCUGAAAAAACUUGUGGCACAGAAAAACACUGGACCAACAUCGAAAGAGGAAACAAAGCCUCAAAGUGGGACACAAGUCUGCCCGUGUCCUUCUUCAACUUCCACAAGGCAGCAGACCAUCCAGAUCCACCAGGGAAUCAAUUCCCCACUUGCCCAGAAAACAGGCCAUCAGUCUGGGCUACAACACAGUCUGCCUCCCCCUCUCUCCUCCUUGAAACAUCAGGCAACUCUGAGAGUCAGCUUAGGGUUGAUAGAUGGACUUCUCCAUAAGUAUGUCAAGAUAGACAGUUGAUCAGUUUUGGUGGAGAUUCCAUUUCAAAGUAAUUUGUUACUUGUUAUAAAAAAUGUUGAAAUACCACAACUACUUAGAACUACUGUUUUUGUUUGUCUGCCUCCCACUUUCAAUUGUAAAUUAUAAGAACAAAUUUAUAUUUUUUAAUAACGAUGAGUUCAGUUCAGUUAUUGUUGAAGGUUCAUGUCACCUAAUUCAAAAAUGUUGCUCACUGAUGUUUUUUGGGCCACGAGGUCUAACCUUUUGCUGCACAGAAAAUACUUGUUGGAUCGAUGCAUUGUUGGAUUUGACAUGCCAUGGAAAAUGUGGAAUAACACUGGCUUUGUUCUGUGA